AUGGUCCAAUUAUCUCCCGACCUCGGGCUCAAGGUCUCUGUGGGAACAUUCAUUCUUAGCUCGCUGUUCCUUACGACCUCCUAUGACACUACAUUCGCAUUUGACCGACCGAUCAGUACGGCUGUCCUGGUGUGUUUCCUCACCGGAGUUACUUUCUUGACAUGGAGUCGCUUCAUAUCAUUGUCGUCAACACCGUCGUCGCCAACAAGCAAACGACCGGGCAUUCCUCUCGCAGAGCAAUUUGAGCUUCCCUCCCGCGCAUCGAGCUCCUCAUUCCCCGUCGGCGACCUCGAAACUCGCCCUCGACUGCGAUUCCAGACUUGGUGGAUUAAAGUUGCUCUACUUUUGGUUCUAUGUGGUGCGCGUAUCGAAUCAUUCCGUCAAGUGACCCGCAACACUGAAUGCGCGCCCGUCGGAUAUGCUUACGCGAUUCCCUUCGUUAUCUCUCUCUACGACUUUUGGCGCAACCAGCGGUCUCAGCAAACAGAAAGAUAUGUUCCUGUACAGCGGUUCCAAAAGUUGCCACUACAGGUAACAUACUCAGUAUCUCGCCGUGGGUUCUAUUACUUGACCCAAAGUCGCUUCCGAGGUGUGAUCGCCACAUCCUUCGUAUCAGUCGGUGGCCUCUUGGCUUCUUCGCUCCUGGCUGGCGCGCGGUCAUCCUACAUUUGCCCUAUAGUGUUGCAUGGUGCAUCGAAACUGCAAUCUGUCAAGGUCUUCAAUCUCCUAGUGGACUCCGCAUUACUCAUUGGGAUUACUGAAUUAUGCCGAAUUGGUGGGAAAUUUGACGAUGCGCUGAGAAAACGAGCUUUACUGUUCCUCGGAGCUGGCCUCCUGGGUGUCUCUUUCAUUUGGAGUGUUCUCUCGUUUUGGGUACCCAACAAUUCUCCUGAGCUUGCAGGACAACCGAUGUUGGAUUUGGAGUAUUCCCGCGGGGCUUUCAGUCAGUCUGUUCUAGUAUUGCUACUGAUUGUGUCUGCGUGGCACAUGUUACCACACUUUGAUAUCCUGGGAGUCUCGAUCAUUGGUGGUUUCACCAUCAUCUACUUCUCUUCUCUGUCGGCACUGACCGGUGGCCACGAGCCAUUCCCGUUCAUAUCCUUGACGCACGCUAUUCUACCAUUUGCAGCUUCUUUGACAGGUGCUGUGCUUUUCCUCCUUGCACGAAUCGUGCAUGAUGAAGAGUCAAAACCACUUUAUCGCACCAACAUCGCAAUUCAGGCAUUCUUCAUACUACUCACUGCAAUUGGGCUGUUCUUUGCAGUCAACAAACACCACUUCCCUCACAUGCAUCCUAUUGAUUUCCUCAUCCACGAGGGUAGGAUUCAGCACGACAACUUCAUGGCACAGGCUUCGAGUAGCAAGAGUCUUGGAGAUGCCGUUUGGGAGUAUCGAAGGAGAUAUGAGCAGCACCCUCCACCGGGCUUUGAUAAAUGGUACCAAUAUGCCACUAGUCGAUCAUCGGCUGUGAUCGACGAUUUCGAUCAGAUCCACCACGAUCUGCUUCCCUUCCGCGCCUUGGCCCCGGAGCACAUCCGCGCAAUGACCCACGAAUUAGCUACCAACCCUUUCAACGAUCUUGGUGGUAUCAAAAUCCGCAAUGGUACAGCUUUGGUGCAGGAAGGAAUCAAACCGACACAUGCAUGGAUGAUCAAGGGUGCCGCAGAUAUGAUGGAGAACUUCGUCAAGCAUCUUCCGGAUAUGGAUCUGGUGUUUAAUUUGAACGACGAGCCACGUGUUGCGGUACCUUGGGAAAAGGUUUCUGGGCUCACUCGCCAGGCUCAGAUGCAAAACAUGGUCCCAGAAGAGCAUGCGACAAACACUUGGUCAUCCAACCGAGAAGAGGGCUGGGCUCCAAUCGAACCUGCCGAUCAAACCAACAUCACAGUGUUUACUGAUGGAGCUUGGAGAGGUGUCUUUGACCCCUACGUUGGUGCUGUUUGCCCGCCCUCGUCCAAAGCUCGCUCCCAACGAAUCUGGAAUCGACGCGACAUCUGCUUGUCAUGCAUAGCGCCUCACUCCAUGGGCCAGUUUCCCCUGGACUUUAACAUUGCCUCCGAAAUCUGUCACCAACCGGACCUUGCAUUCCUCCAUGGCUUGUUGAUAUCGCCAGCUUCAUUCAAAGUCUCCCAGGAACUCAUCCCCGUGUUCAGUCAGAGUGCUCUAGCCGGGUUCAACGACAUUCUCUUCCCGAGUCCUUGGAAUUACAUCGACAAGGUGAAAUAUGAGCCUACAAGUGAGCACCCAGAUCCGGAAUAUGGACACAAGGAGAACUCCCUCUACUGGGUCGGCAGCACAUCUGAAGGCGUCAGCCGCUUCGGAGAGUGGAAAGGCAUGCCCCGACAGCGCUUUGCUCAUCUCAUCAACAACAACACGAACAACCAAGUCUCCGUUCUGCUCCCUACACGCGACGGCUCCUAUCGCUAUGAGAUAAUGGACGGCUCCGCCCCAACCCAAGAACUUCAACUCCAAACGAACGUUCAUCUUGCCAACCCCAUCGUCCGCUGCGACGACUGCGAAGAACAAGCCACCGAAAUGGGAACGGUAGGCUGGGCCGACUUCCAGGCCCACUGGUCUCACCGCUACCUCUUCGAUCUGGACGGUGCUGGCUUCAGCGGUCGCUUCCUUCCAUUUUUGCACAGCCACAGCCUACCGUUCAAGACUGGUCUUUUCCGGCAAUGGUUUGACCCGCGCGUCUCUUCCUGGCUGCACUUCGUACCCAUUGAUAUCCGUCUCCACGGCAUGUGGAGUACCCUGGCGUACUUCGCGGGUGUACCCGCCCCUGCAUCAGAUCAACAGGGACCUGACGCGCCGCGGGCUCGCAUGAAAAGUCAUGACCAACAGGGAAAAUGGAUCGCAGAAGAAGGGCGGAAGUGGGCACAGACCGCACUCCGCAAGGAGGACAUGGAGAUCUACUUCUUCCGACUUCUUUUGGAGUGGGGUCGGCUCACGGAUGAUCAGCGGGAUGUGCUUGGAUUCAAACCUUAA